GCCCAAGCGGCUAACGAGCCGAUCAGUGGUGAAGAGGAUAAAAGUAAAAGAAUAUACUUAAAGUUAAAGAUGAUGUUCGUCGGAGAAUCUGCAUCAAUCCGCAGCUUCACUUAUCAGCUGACACAACACAACCAUACAAUAUAAACACUGGUCCUGUCACUCCCACUGUAACUAAUACUGUGCCUCCGAGGAAAACUGGUCUUUCGAGAAAAUAAUACAAAUUGUGACACAAAUGAGUAUAUAAUGAUAUGUUUAUAAUCAAAACUGGCUUAAGUUGGAGUAUUUUAAAGCUGCCGGAAGAGAAAUAUUGAAGGAAACUGUGGUGGAGAGAGACUUUUGGGAGUCAUAGGUGAAGCAUUAGUGUUCUAUCAGAGUAGAAUAUUGAGGAAAGAUCAUACAAGAUAGUCAUUAAUACAUAAGGUUUGGGGCUCCAGAGCUAAUUGACAAUGGAAAUCCCUGAGACAGACAGUGAGGAUGAGAUGGCACCAGGCUGGGAGGAAAGAUGCACAGCAGAUGGUCUUGUUUUCUAUGCACACCACACCACCAAGACUACACAAUGGCACCACCCAAGAACCAACAAGAGGAAAAGGGUCACUGGAGAACUACCUUUUGGGUGGGAACGACAGAUCACAGAAGAGGGAAAAGUAUUCUUCGUUGAUCACAUAAACCACAAGACCACUUAUACAGACCCCAGACUUGCCUUUGCUGUCGAGGAAUCCAAGUCCUUAAGUGACUUGCGGCAAAGGUUCGACAGCAGCACUACCGGUAUACAGGUCUUACACGGACGAGAUCUAACGGGCCGCAUUGCUAUUGUCACCGGAGCUAACUGUGGAAUUGGUUACGAGACAGCACGAUCGUUGGCAUACCAUGGUUGUACUGUGGUGUUUGCUUGUCGUGACUUAGCAAAAGGCGAGGCAGCCAUUGCCCAGCUACAAAAGCAAAGGCCAAGUUCUUCAUGUCACGCACUACAGGUAGAUCUUGCAUCUCUCUCCAGUGUGAGGAUGUUUGCUCAUACAUUUUCUGUCAGAUUUGACCGAUGUGACAUGCUAGUGCUAAAUGCUGGGGUGUUUGGACUUCCCCACACCCUCACAGAAGAUGGAUUUGAGACUACAUUCCAGGUCAACCAUCUAUCCCAUUUCUACUUGGCUCUGUUACUUCAGCCAUUACUUGUGCGAUCUAGUCCCUCCAGAGUGAUCUUUGUGUCCAGUGAGUCUCAUAGAUAUGCUUCCCUGGUUACCGAGAACAUUUCCGAGGAAUUGUUAUCACCGUCACAUAAAUCAACGUAUACUUCCAUCAUUGCAUACUGUAACUCAAAACUGUGUAAUGUUUUGAUGGCUCUUGAAAUGCAGAGAAGAUUUGGUGAACAAGGUAUCAACUGUUAUGCAGUACACCCCGGCAAUGUUGUAUCAUCAUACUUGUCUAGGUACUGGUGGGCUUAUCGUGUAUUGUUUGCUGUGGUUCGUCCAUUCACCAAGUCUCUGCAACAAGCAUGUGCUACAAGUGUUUACUGUGCAGCAAGUGUAGACAUCUCAAGAUAUGGAGGAAUCUACGUCAACAACUGUGUGCCGUGUCUCCCCUCACAGGCCUCACUUAACAGUGUACUAGCCAACCGUCUCUGGGUUACCUCACUCUCAAUGAUAGAACAUGUACUGGGGAGGAGAGCAUUCAAUAUGCAGCCCCUGACUGAAUGCAACAAUCAAAGUCUAAAUGAUAAAGGCAAAACAUUCUCCAGUUUUACCAUGACCAAUGUCUCUUAAUCCUUAAUGGCUGAUGUAGAUGUUCCUGUUACUCUUCAAGAUACUGUACAGUACCAGCAAGGAAUUAAAGACAAUCUUGGUUUUAAUAUGUAAGGAUACAGGUCUUGAAAAUAAAUCUUUUGACUAUACAAAA